UCAGUUCCCUUGGCUUCCUCUCGCUCGCGAGACAGCGAGCCCAGCAACUUGCCUUGGUGAUCCACGGCAUUCAAGAGAAAGGCUACCUGGAAUUUAUAGCGCAAAAGAGACAGAGGCAAUGCGGAAAUAGGUGGACAGUUCAUGUCGCCGAGUUUGCAUCCCACUCCCAGGCUGAGGAUCUGAGAGUUCGCGGGGAUUGCAAUUAAGUGGCAAGAAUUAUAUUUCUUUUUCCUUCCUUUUCUCAGCGCUUAAAAUUACCAGCUUUAAACUACACUUCGCGGAGGAUUUGAAGCAUUCUUUUGCAUUUGACAUUGGGCUGAGAAGAAAACAAAUUAUACCUGAGGAUCAAAGCAACACUUUUUUUCGUGUGAGCAUCAACAUGGACGUGUUGGCGAAUUACAGUAUUUUUCAGGAACUUCAGCUGGUGCACGACACGGGCUACUUCUCGGCGAUGCCGUCGUUGGAGGAGAACUGGCAGCAGACAUGUCUGGAACUGGAGAGGUACCUACAGACGGAGCCCAAAAGGCUUUCAGAACUCUUCGACGAGGAGCUCGACUGCCUCCUAACGCCAGCCUUCAUGAAGGGAGACAGCGACGAGGACCUGAUGGACCCCCUGCUUCCCAGUUUAUCCGAUGAGCCCAGCCCACCACCUCUGCUCGUAUCCCUUCCUAAAAACCUUCAUGCCCCAGCCAACACCAAGAAUACCGAGGCAGGGCUGAAAGAAGCCAGCGGAGGGGUUAAUCCCGCCCAGCUAAACGCAGUCACGUCCCUCACGCCACCUUCUUCGCCGGAGUUGGGACGCCAUCUUGUCAAGCCUACGCAGACUCUUACCGCCACAGCCGAUGGCACGCUCACACUGAAAUUGGUGGCCAAGAAAGUCGGUCUUGGGGCGGCAAAGCUGGUGGCGACACAUUCGCUACCCUCGCCACCAAAUCGCGGUGCACAGAGCGACGGAGAGGGAGGACUGGGAACGGUAGGCGGAGGGGACAUUCCGGAGAACAAAAAGAGGGUCCAUCGUUGCCAGUUUAAUGGCUGUAGGAAGGUUUACACAAAAAGCUCCCACCUAAAGGCACACCAGAGGACACAUACAGGUGAGAAGCCUUACAAAUGCUCCUGGGAAGGCUGUGAAUGGCGUUUCGCACGAAGCGACGAACUGACGAGGCACUACCGCAAACACACUGGUGCCAAACCUUUCAAGUGCAACCACUGCGACAGAUGUUUUUCCAGGUCUGAUCACUUGGCUUUGCACAUGAAGCGACAUAUCUAAGGCAGAGGGAGACGGGAGAGAGAGAGUGAGAGAAAACGAGUGAGAACGAAGAGGAGAACAGGUGUGCACCGCCCAGACGGGAACAUUCACAACAGACUUUGAGUGCACAUGAGGGGUCUGGCCGCAAACGUCACCAGGAGGAACAUGUGAGGCAGCGUGGGCAAACGUUGUUGGAUUCUGAAAGUCUAAAACUCCUUUUCAUCAGCGAUUAGCCAUGCCUUACCGAGUGCUAGCUUGGAGGUCAGACACUGCCAAACACCACCGUUUUUUUUUUUCCGUCAUUCUCUUUGUGUACAGUAAAUCAACCAUUAGCAUGGAACGGAUACUCAACUCUACAUGUAUAAAACCCGAAACGCACAUGUCAUUCAUCACGUAACAUAACGGUUCUACUAGAGAAUCAUGUUUGUUGUACAUUAUGGAACUUCCUUUUUCUUUUUCCAAGGACACAUCACAAUAACCAACCUGCAGCUAUGUCGUAUACAGCAAACAACCAAACACGGAAAACAACAUUGCCAAUACGUUCUGAGGAGUGACCAAUGGAACAAGCGGCCAAACGCAACGCCCGGCCCCUGAAGUAGGCUCUACUUGGGGGAAAUAUGAAAAACAAAAAAAAUACGGCAAUGCUCAGGAUGUGUGCUGACUUCUCGUACUCUUCGCUCAGGAGCGAACUCUUCUCUGCUCUUCACGCCCGUCACCUCACGGGCGACCGAAAUGAUGCGCAGCGACACUUUCUUGCCUUUUUUUUUUUUUUUUUUUUAAAGACAGUGUUAAAAAAGAUGGUUUGUUUUCCUUCUGAGCUGAAAUGUCUUAAACUUCUGAAAUAUAAAAACUUGCUUUGUGAACAAGCAUAAAUGUGCACAUACGGGCAACGGGAGGGAAUUGUGAGCCCUUCUCAGUAUGCACAAGGUUCAGUGACCGCUAUCUGGCACUGAAAGGAAACGUUUGAAGCAUAAGAUGGGAACAGACCCCCCCCCCCCAAAAAAAAAAAAAAAACUAAAUCGGGAUUGUUGGCUUGGUUUGAAAGGACAGAAGUCUUCUGUUUUUCAUUUUGCUUUGCUCUGAUUUGAUCCGGGAAAAACCAACCAGAGCACGUCAGCACGGACCUUGUGUGUCGCUCUUUGACACUGGAAAAAGUUAUUUUGCUUUGUGUUGAUACUGGCACCCGUGUAAGAACGUAGUAGUCCGGUGCCCCAGAGGAAGCCAAUGGAGGAGACGUUAUGGGGGGGGGGACAGCUGGCAGGACGUUUGACUCUCAAUUUGGAGCACCUGCUGGGAUCAGGAUCCAAAAGAACUUGGUGGCAUCAGCCCAGACAAAACUUUGCCUGUUUCGUAUCCAUUGUCUGCACUGAUUUUUUCAAUGUUCUCUGUGCUUUUUUUCAUAGUCAAAAAAAGCUCAAAAACAAAAUAAAAAAGCAUAAAAACAAAAAACAACUUGGAGGGAAAAAAGCAGAAAACACAAAAUGCAUUAAAAAAAAAAAAAAACUUCACACACACACCACAGACAGAACGGUUUCUUUGCUCUUGGCUUUUUCCUGAGAAAAACUAAAGAAGAAAAAAAAGUAGAACAAUAAUUACCAAGUUAAUGAACAGCAUUAAAACGAAACACUGCAUGGCAGCCUCUUUCAGACAGAUACACACACUCGCACACAUACGUGCACAGCUUGCCUCUCAGCAUUAUUUGUUUUGCACCAAAAUCUUCACAGCAGGGUUUUAGCAAUUGUUGUUUUGUAGGAUUGCGUUCCAUCCAGACGUCAGACGUUAAAUCGAAAGCUUGUUGAUACACUCGAGUAAAUUAUGCUAAACCGGGCCUAGGUCUAGCUCCGUUAACAAUCAGCUUCUAAAUCGCGGGGACGAAAUAUAUAUCAUCGUUCCCAAGGUUGUGAAGCCUGUCAUGGCGUCGCAAUCAGGGCAUUUUCCUGCCGACCCUCCUCUUCUGCAUUGAUUUAAUGGCUGCAAGGGUGGAAGGGAGAUUGAAAGCCAUUACGAUUCAGCGGUAACAUGUUUCGGAGUCAUCGCAGACUCUACUAAACGAACCCAGAGUAUCCCUCGGGGGACCGCCAGAUUUGACGAUCGAUGGCGAAACUCUAAGAGUGAAGGGUUGGUGCCUUUCUCUUGGUUUGAGGCCUGCUGAAGGCAGCUCUUCUAUCACGCUUACACACACUCACACAGACACAGACUCGAACACGCAGUCACUUCUGUUUGACCACAACUACACGUUAGAUUUCAGUUGCCAUUAUUAGUUGAUUUCUUUUUAUUUCUAUGUCAUUUUCUCCAUUGAAAUGCAAAGUCAUGCCAAAAUUGACGAAACAGGAGGUGAAUUGGUUCAUCUCCACUAAUGUACAAUCAGUUGUGGUUUGUGGCACUUUUUUCCGCAAGAAGCGGCCUGUGUACGUGACGACUGUAUGUAUGAGUGUCUGUAAAGCAAGCAAGCAGGAUGUAAUGCUACAGUGUCAUAAUGAUGUUCUCUAAAAUUCCACAAUUUCACAAAUGGGGCAAUUAUUGACAGUGUACAGCAUUCUACAUGUCACAUCAACUUUAACACUUUGAAAGGGUUUUAUUUCCAUUUUACUUGCAAGUAGCAGUGAUGAGAAGCUGCGUUUGUUUCACACUGCUCUACUUUACUUUACAAAAUGACGAUUCCAGUUAUUCCUUCAGUCACCAUAUGGGAUAGAACAGCAGGAAUGCAGCAAUCUAAAAAAAUGCUUCAUAUCAUUUUUGACACCGACAAACAAUGAAGCCAAUCUUCAAAUCAACACUGAAGAUAUACAUAUAAAUAUUGUCUGUUUAAAUACAGUGCAAAGCAACAUUAAAUGCAAAACUACAAACAGUACUCCUUUUUGCCAACAUGCUCCAGACGUUACCAAAUAAAUACGGAAUAGGCCAAUCAGAUUCAUUAGCAGGCAACAUGCCAUACAUAUCCCCCUUACAAAUCAAGUGCCAUUUGAAAACCCUAAUAUCUCACUCUCAGAACGACGGCAGCGGUCCAGGCAAUCGCACAGGUGUCUGAUGCAUACUUUGCCCAAAGAUUUACGCAUUUGCAAAUAAACUGCUGGGUGAUGAAAGAGAGACAUUUGUGUUUAACUUUAUUCUAACAGUAUCUCUUCUGCCCUACACCAGCUUCCUAUCAUUCGUUCUUGAACGUCUAGGAGACCAUUGACUUGGUCUCGAGUAUGUGAGCUUGUAAAAUACAGUUUGAAUGCAAAGUUGAGGAUGAGUUUAGAGCCUAACGUCAAGUUCAAACAGCGAAUUAGUCGCAUCGGUUCUAGCGCUUCUAUAGUCAGUGCAGGUCAGGAAUGUCUUUAGAAAUCAAUUUUAAAGCGAUUGUUCACUUAAAAUCACAAUUCUGAUUUAGCUGUACAGAAGACCACUUUAUCUACCGCGAGUUUCCGUAUGACUUUGAAACGGAGAUAAUUCUGUGACUGAGCAUUUUACAUGACAGUAAGAAUGUUUGAAAACAUUCUAAGGGAACAAUUUUAAGUGUACUAGAUCUGGGCACUCUUCCAGUGAAGCUCCCUUCCCAAGCCGUUUGCUUUUUAGCUUCAAAGAGGCUUUUGGCAGCUUAAAUUUUAUACAAAAAGAUGCUUGAAACAUCACAAGGGAAUUUUAUGACAAAAGGUCAGAGGUGACAACCUUUUCAUUUUGUAUUGUCCGUAUUGGAACAACAUUUCACUGCAUAACACUCUUCAUUGUUACAGCUAGCGUAGUCUGUUUAAAUGACACUGCUGUCGAUUGUCUACAUAACAUUUAGUGGCAUUUCAAGAUGCACUUAUCACAAGAACAUGGGAACAAUUCAUUCUUCUGCUUGAUAGAUAAAGCUUGUAGGUUCAUGGCAUAACAUAAAUGGUCUUUUUAGUCAACAGUGCAUCAAAAUAAAGUCUUCUAUUCUGCAUAUAUACUCAAAUACUCAUCCACAAGGUUCCCAGUCACUCACAAACAGAGGUGAGAACUUAUUAGUCUUGAGAUAUACUGCAUCUUGAAGUGCGUCUGUAUCCGUGUUUGUCCAAACUUGAUAUGUCAGUACAUAAGGUUUUCACCAGGUCUCUCUCUUUGGCUUUUUGCGUUUCUCACCUCCCACCCCCAUCUAUCCCACCCUGCACCUGCAGAACCAUGGUCACUUCCUGAAAACUCUAUCACUUCAGCUUCAUCCCACAGUUAUGCGUUACCAGCUGUCGGCGAUCUCUCUCUUACCUAUGAACGUCCCUAGACAUCAUUAACCAGGGAGCAACCGGCCAACAACAGACCUCAAUGCUUUCACAGGUGCUCUCUCUCUCUCUUAUCCAAACAUGGAUCUCGCAGGCAGCCGCCAGUUGGUAGAGCAGAUACAAAUCCGAAAAAAGAAAGAAAGGAAAAAAUAGAACAGUUAUGUGCCAUCUUGAUUUAUCUGUAUGGAAGUAGGACGACAUUUUGCCAUAUGUAGGCUGAAGCAUGUAGUUUCUCGCUAGAGCAGGGACCCUCAUAUUCACUGUCCUCUCUUUCCCUCGCCACAUCACUAACACUCCACCCCCUCACUUCCUGUAAUCUUCACACUCUUCCUCUCCGUUUUUUUCUAUUCUGUUCUUUCCUUGUGUGUUUUUCUUUAUUGGUUCUUUUGCUGUACAAAGUGUUUAAAAUAUUAUUAUUUGUAUGAUAUAAUGUUAGUAUGGUAAUGUUCUUUAUUAAGGAAGAAGAUGAAAUUUAUUUUUGUUACUGGUCUGUUUCAUAAUUCUUUUUUAAAUUGGUAUUGUAAGAUAUCUAUGCAAGAACUGUUCAGUGGAGCAUUUUUAUUUAAGAAUGUAAUAAGUGUAAUAAAUGGUAGAAUCUGAAUGCCUCAGACUGACAUU